GGGAACUGUCGCCUUAAACUUGUAUAUCUAACAAUACUUUUAUUGCAAUUAGACUAACUGGAAGGACCCGUCCGAGGAAUGGAACGGUUUUAUGUACAUUAUAACAUUUACAAUGAAGGUAUUCACAUAUUGUAUAAGAGGGCAGACGACACUAGCGUUACAAUGGCAGACUCCGAGGCAGCUCUUGAAGAAGUUGUGAACACCAUCGGCGGCGUGUGGGUUCUCGACAAAAAUGAAAAUCUGGAUGAUUACUUAAAAGAAAUCGGGGUGAACUUCAUGUUGAGGAAGUUGGCGACGGUCGCCAGUUCAACUAUGACCAUCACCCGAGAGGGCAACGAGAUCCGUAUCGUCACAAAAGGACCUAAAGACACCGAUGUCAAGUUCGAACUUGGAAAAGAAGUUGUGUCACAUGACCCCAACGAUAACGAACUGAAGGCUAUUGUUACAUGGUCCGGAGGUAAACUAACGACAGAUUCCACUCCGACAGAUGGGUCAAAGGCCAAGGCCACCCUCGUGGAACGAUGGAUAGAAGACGACCAGCUGAUUAUGUCUGUUAAAGUCAACGAUGUGAAGAUGAAGCGGAUAUUUAAAAAGAAGAGUUAAUCAACUCGACAGAGUUUAGGAUACGCUUUCCUGUGACCACAAGUGUAUUUAAACGUUUUUUCUACAUUAAUUGUGCACAUGUUCGCGUAAUUGGAGACUUUCGUGUCCCGGACAUCUGCCAGACAUGCCUUUAGAGAGUGAUGGAUGACGGAUGGAACUUCUGUGUUUAAUCAAUGUUGUUGUUUUUGCUGAUUUUAUUUACACAGAUUAAAGCUCUGUUUGUUUACAUAAUAAACAUAUUGUUUAA